AUGUUUUCAUGGGUAGUUGCAGUGUUUGGACGUCUCGAACGUUCAUCGUCUCCCAAGCUCUUACAGCGUCGUUUAAAUUCAGCUGCCCAAAAUUUCACUGUGGUAAAUGAUGGUGCUGAGCCCCCAUACACAGAAUCCAACUUAUUUUUGAUUUGCGUAGGCGUAUUGCCUUUCAAAAACAAAUAUUUAAUGACAGCUCGAUACUCUAUUUUGUCCAUUUUCAUAAAAACACAUCAACUCACUCAAACGACUGUUACAUAAAAACUGGGUGUCCAAAAUGGCUGAAACUUUGAUGGGUAAUUGGUAACAGAUGAAAAACAAAAUUCGCUUG